CCACGAAAAGAAGAUGGCUGCCUCCAGUAGAUAUUCAGUGACAUCAACUUGUGCAAUGAUUGUCAGCGUUUCAGUUGUCUCUUCCACCACAAACCAGAUCACUUCCUUCGUGGAUUAACUUACUGGUACUCCUACAAUUAUGGCUUUUUGAACAUUUGGAGAUGUCUGCCCUGUGAGGGCGUGGUGAGGCGGGGGCCGAGGGAGAGGGAUGCUGGAAAGGCAGGCCGUGACAGAGGUUUAUUGGUCGGGAGAACGUGACCAGCAUCAAGAGGGGAAGAGCUGUUGGCUACAAUAACAAGAAACUUUGUGUCCAGUAUUUCAUCGAAGAAUAACUUGUGAUUUAUUACGUUCUGGCUCAUUAAGGACUGUUGAUUGAAUAGUGUAAAAUUUCUGUCUAUUUUGUAUCAUCAAAUCAUUAUUUACAAUGUCUUGGUUGUUUGAACCUGAGUGUCGACCAAAAUGUCGAUCAAAAAGACAUGCUCUGGAGUUCCAUUCAUCAAUCUCAAAAGGAACCCUCAAAGAAGUAAAGGCAUAUUCACGUCUCUGUCACAAUGUGACCAAGGUCAAGGACACCGUGGGGAGGUCAGCUCUACACAUGGCAGCUGCAUGUGGAAAGUCAGACAUAGUGGAAUGGCUGUUGACAGAGAAACAGGGAGACAUGACUGACAAGGACUCUGAGUCUGGGUGGACAGCACUACAUCGGGCUCUGUUCUAUGGCCAGUUACCUGUAGCCAGACAACUUAUACAGCAUGGCACUGAUCUGUACACCCGCGACCAUGAAGGAUUGUCUGCCCUUGAUAUUGUUAUGAAGGACAAGCCCAGGCAAAUCACAUACAGUUUGAAAGAGCCUAAUGAGGUAUAUGCAUGGGGAGACAACCCAAACUUCAACCUGGGCCAUGCUAGUGGUCAGUCCAGAUCAUUUCCUGAAGUUAUUGAUGAGUUCAAGAGGACAGGAGUAUCACUUAAAGAUAUGGUUCUGUGCAAGUAUCACACUGUGUUCCUGUCCCAGUCGGGGGAGGUGUACACCUGUGGCCACGGACAUGGCGGCCGUCUCGGACAUGAAAACGAAUUGCCAUGUGUGGUGCCAAUGAUGGUGACGACUGUGAGGCAUGAGACAUGUGUGCAGAUAGCUGCUGCCAGGGACCACACAGUAAUGCUGAUGGAGAGUGGAGCAAUCUUCACUUGUGGACUAAAUACCUUCCACCAGCUGGGUCUGUUCCCACCACCUGACAAAUCUGUGAAACCCAGACCGAUCUAUGCCAAGUUGUGGAAGGGGAAGAAUGUCCUGGGCGUGUGUGUGGGCAGCUUCCACACUGUCGUGUACACCGCUGAUGCUGUCUUCACAUUUGGGCUCAAUGCCGGCCAGCUGGGUCACCAGAAGGGAGAGAAGCUGCAGAGCCAGCCCCGCCUGGUGUCUGCCCUCAGUCAGAAGGACAUCACCAUCAAGUCUGUCUCUUGCUCUGAUGCUGCCACGGCCUGUCUCACCAUGAAGGGGGACAUCUUUGUUCUUCAUGAAUACCAGUGUCGCAGGAUAAUGUCAAAAUGGCUGGAGGUGGGCAAGGUCCUGAUGCAUGGAGGGAAACUGGACUACAAUGCUGAGGAAGCAAGGCUGCGGGAGAAGGGGGGAUCGGAUCUCAGCAUUGCACUGCUCUCUGCGUCCAACCAGGUGUUUAUUUGGAGAGAGUCCAGCCCUAUACUUCGUCGCUGUCAGUGGACCAUCAAGCGACAGCUUUUUGUUGUUGAUGUUGUGUUCAGUGAUAAGACCGUAGCCUUCAUCACAGAGGCUGGGGAGGGGUUCAUGGGCUACUGGCCGGACACAAAAUACCUGCCACAGAAGGAAGUUAUCCCUCAUAAGAAAGUGACUGAUGACUUUGAGAAGCCGACUCUGAUUGACCUGAUGCUGAAAGAUGAGGUGGAGAUGGUGCCUGUCAAGAGGAUCCCCAAUAUGCAUCGAGCCACCAAAAUCUCUGCCGACCGCCGCAACAACAACUUGAUGGUUCUGCAAGCUCUGCCUCAUGGCUGCUUGUCGAACAUUCCGUCUGUCAGCCAUUCAUGACGUCAUUGUGCAGGUACUGUGACUAGUAUGAUGCUAUAUAUUACAUCAUUGUGUAACUAAUAAGACAAGUAUGAUGCUAUACAUGAUGCCAUUGUGCAGGCAGGGAAUCAGAGAUGGCCAUGUCACAAGUACAUCCUAGUCUCAAAAUGUGACUUUCUUCGAAACAAAGUACUUAGUUUGACAAACACGGAAGAGGAAUUUUCUGAUGAGGCACCUGUGAUUUUUGUUCCAUCUGUUCCCCCGGAGAUCAUGGAACAAGUCCUUCAGUACAUCUACAACGACACUUGUGAUCUACUUAAAGUUGGAACUAAGUUCAACCCAGUUAUUGUCAAAGGUGAAGGUCAGGAAAUAGGUCAAGGUGAUGCUGACCUGAAGAAAGAUAACUCAGAUCUACUUAUUUCUAAAAAUCUGUCAAAAAUGUCUGCAUAUGAAGUUCAUCAAAAGAAGAAGAAAUCUGUACAAAAGGAGAAUACCGACCCACACAACACUGCUAAAAACCCAGUCCGAUAUUUACAAGAGGUUGCCAAAGAACUGGGUGUCAAAGGGCUUUCAAAAAGACUGGAUGCAGUCAAGUAUCUCAAUGGCUGUGUACUGUCUGCUGGGAAAUUCCUGUCUCCACCAAAGGUCAAGUUUGACCGCAUGAAACUCUCUGAGCUGUGUGAUGUGAGUAUCGAGGCUGAGGAUGGCACAACAAUAAAGUGUCACAAGUGUGUGCUGGUGGCUAGACUAGAGUACUUCCACAGUAUGCUGGGAUGUGGCUGGAUGGAGACAUCGGACACGACGUCCCUGACACUGCCUGUGCCAGGAGAGGUGCUGUCCAUACUGCUGGACUACCUGUACAGUGAUGAGUCUCAGGUCGUUACAGACUGCCAAAAGGUGGAGCUGUUGUGCAAUGUGCUGGUGGUAGCUGAUCAGCUCCUUGUUACGAGACUCAAGGAAAUGUGUGAAGUGUCCCUGGCCAAUCUCAUAACAUUCCGCAAUGUUGGGGACAUCCUGGAGUUUGCAUCCAUGUACAACGCCACUCAGCUGAGGGCAACAUGUCAGCAGUUUAUCUCCCUUAACUUGGCAGCUCUCCUGGAAGGAAGGUAUCUGGAUGUGCUGAGUGAAGACACUAUGGGGGAGCUAAAGGCGUACUACCGAGACAAGCUGUCUUGCAUGUGUAGGAGACUGAUCACCCCGUACAGUGGUGCUCCAGAGAGGGACUACCUAGAAACUCUGGCAGCCAAGUACCAGGAUGAGGAUGACAAGCCCAGCCUGGACCUUUCAUCAAAGAAACACAAAAAUAAAAAAAGACGCAGCCGGACUAAAAGCACAAGUGAUGACACAGACAAGGGCAGAUCUGGUGAUUUCCACUCUCGCGGAGACCGACAUUUCUCAAUCAGCUCAGAUAUAAGUGUGGAGGAAGAACGAGAUGAAGAAGAACAGGACCAUCCUGAGGAGAAAACACCAGAAGCUACACCUAUGAAACCAGUAGAUCAUCCCACCCCUAGUACCAAUAUCCCUGUACCUGUGAGAGGGAAAGAUAAUCCCUGGGGGUGCAGCAGUCCCUCUUCCCCCAGGGGAAUUUGGGGAGCAAGCUCUCCCCCACCCCUGGAGCCCUCACCCCAGAGCCCCACCGGUGGGGUCAGCCUCCGGGACAUCAUGAGUCAACAGAAGGUCCAGUUGAGACACAGCACAGAGAAGAGGGCCCCUGGAGGGAAGGUGUCAUGGAAGGAGGUCAAGAAGCAGCAGAACAAGGCUGCACAGAACAUUGCGGCUCAGAAAGAGGCAGCAUCACCAACAUCACCAACAUCACCAGCGUCAGCCAAACAAAAUGCAUGUCCAUGGGGAUCGGUGAGCAAAGUGGUGCAGUCAUUCAGAGACCUGCUGCUGGAAGACAAGACACCCCCGGGGAGCAGUAACAACGCAGCCACCAUGAGGACAACUGCCAAACCCACAUCUGCACCAAGGAAACCUGCCGCGUCAGGAGAACACCUAAGCUGGGGACUACCAUCCCGAAAGGCUUCUCGAUCGCUCCCCUCAAGCCAAUCUGAACCAGUGGCCAUCCCAGUCAUGCCCACCAAUCCCUGGCUGAUGACUGAAGCCAGCAGUCCCCCUGCCUCGGGUGUCUCGUUCUCAGACAUCUUACGUGAUGAGCAGGCAAGGAAGAAAACCUUGGACUAUGCCAGCAAGAAGCCUCUUAAUAUGAUCCAGAUAGAGGAGCAGGCCAUCCAGGAGCUGCUGCUGCAGUACAAGGUGAACCAGGAUGAGUACAUCACCGUGGAGCGAGUCUCCCAGGCUGCUGCUGCUCCCUUGUGGUCUGUCAGUAAACAGAGACCCAAUCAGGCCAAGUUCUGAGUCAGUCGUCGUGAACAACAACACUACAGGCCAGAACCGACAAGCCAACUUCAACAACAAGACAACUACAUCUAGGUCAUCAACUCCUGACUGACCAAGAACAGCUGGAGACGAACCAAAUCAUGAUGCCAUUAAAAAACACUGAAUGACAUCAGCGAAAACGCAGGAGUCCAACAAAUUUAACACCUGUUGAUGAAAAAGGCAGUGCAGUGUGGCUCUGACAUCAUCAGCCAGAUACAACUGUCACUUUAGACACAUGUUUAAUUACAGUGGUGGUAUAAACAUUGUCCUAUUACUAUCGAACUUCAACCUCUGGUUAAAGGAAAGAUGAAAGGGGCCUUGCCUGUCUAUGCCUGACCACUUAAAAAACUUACUCUUCAUGUGAUUAAUUUUGUUUAAAUAAUGAAAUUGAUAUGGUAGUGGGUUUUUGAAGAUAUACAUGAUUUCAUUUUGGAAUUUUUGUCAGCUGUACAUAUUGUGAAGUGUGUACAGCAUGUUGAGAGCUCCUACUGAUGUGACAUGUAGUAGCAGCAUAUGAAGAUUAAUCAGCUCUACCUGAAACAUUAACCCCUGUCAUUAACAGGUACAUUGCUUUGUUCAGCAGCAGAGUUGUGUCCCUUGGGUGUAAUUGGAACAUGUGACCAAAUUCUGGUUACUCCUGACAAUAAGAAAGUAAGAUUCUUUAUGGAUAACAACUUCUUUAUUAUUUAUGAUGCAACGUUUCGGUAUGGAUUCUUAUACAAGCAAGAUCACAGAAUAUGAGCGCAAGAUUACUCCUGACAGUGUUUCCAGGUUUUAUGUUUCUAGGUUCGUUAGCACCAAAACUGUAGCUGGUUUUCACCUAAGUAUUAACCCUUUAACCCCUUCAUCAGUUUUAUCCUUACACUCACAUCAGUAUGACAAGGUGUGAUAACAACUAAAAACUUAACUAAAAUUCACUCACUCUGGCAAUCGUGUUAUGAGAUUUAGGCAGGGAAAUAUGUUCAUGUUACUCAUCUGUUCUGUUGAAGAUACCACUGUUCAGUAACAA